AUGAGAGUUUCAUCCCAGAAUUUUGAAGCAGAGAGCAGCUCAAACUCAUUCUCAUCAUCACCACCACCAACAUCAUCUUCAAACUCACUCGUCUCACGUGCGAAAACUCACGACGACCCAGAAUCCAAAACAACAAAACGCAACCGAGACUCGAACAAGCACCCAUUGUACAGAGGAGUUCGCAUGCGAAAUUGGGGGAAGUGGGUAUCUGAAAUCCGAGAGCCACGCAAGAAAUCUCGAAUAUGGCUUGGCACAUUCCCAACACCAGAAAUGGCAGCAAGAGCACAUGACGUGGCUGCUCUUAGCAUCAAAGGAAACAACGCCAUUCUCAACUUCCCUGAGCUUGCAAACUCUCUCCCUCGACCUGCUUCGUUAGCACCUCGUGAUGUUCAAGCUGCUGCAGCAAAAGCUGCUCAAAUGAACAAGUUUGACUUACCCUCGUCGUCAUCAUUGGCUUCAACAACGUUGUCAUCAUCGUCCUCUUCAUUAUCCUCGUUGGUUUCACCAUUGGACUUGUCCACUGGUUCAGAAGAACUCGGCGAGAUCAUUGAGUUGCCGAGGUUGGAAACAAGUAAUUACGAGUUGGGGAAGGAGUUUGUGUUCGUGGAUUCGCAUGACACGUGGAUGUAUCAGCCACCAUUGCCAUGGUUACAGACAACACAAGAUGGUUGUGAUGAUAGGUAUGCUGCUAAUGAUGAGUUCGCAGUGCCAGAGAAUGAGGUUGUAACUAGUUUUGAGAGUUUUCUUUGGAAUUAA